AUGGUGGAGAGCAGCAGUCUAGAGCUGCUGUGCGACGAAGAGCCGUUUCUUCUAACUCCCGCAACUUCUCCGGUGCCAGCCCAACGUGGACCGCACUCGUGCUUCCCUGAACCUCCUCCACCAUCCCACAGCAAUAUCACUGAUGAAGAAUGCAGCCAAGCCUUCCAGGAUUACAUCCUCAGGGAGCGCCAUUAUGCUCCGUGCGUUGGGUACUCGGAGCAUCUCCAUCGCUUUACUCAUCUAUCAACUGCCAGAACCAAAGCCAUAAGAUACAUCAUCUUGGUUUGUAGCCGGCUUGGUCUCGCCACUGGAACAGCAUUUAACGCCGUGAACUAUCUGGACCGCUUCUUCUCCAUGAAUUGUCGCAUGAAAUGGGAAGUUUGGAUGACCGAUCUGCUCUCCGUUGCCUGCCUCUCAAUUGCUUCCAAACUGGACGAGGUCAACACCCCUUCCUUGCAUCAUCUCCAGACGGAGGAUCUGAACCAUUGUUUCCAGCCGAGCACGAUCCAGCAGAUGGAACUGACGGUCCUCAAAACACUGGACUGGCGUCUCUCCUGCGUCACCCCAUACUCCUACGUCCACUUGCUGACGUGGCACAUCCACUCCUCCCUAUCCGCUCGCGUCACCCACCUUCUCCUCCGCGCUCUUCUAGAUACCACGUUCGUGGAUUUCGCUGCGUCCACCAUCGCUGUAUCGGCGAUGAGGUGCGUCGUGCAGACCGGUGCUCUUUUCUCGACUCUCAGCCGUCUGAUUCCGGUGGAACGCAUGAGUGACGUGGACAAUUGUCACAAGAUCAUGGCCCGACGCAUCAUGGACCCGCACAACAAGAACGAUGGUCCGUGGAGCCCGGUGUCCGUCAUUCCCACGCUCUAGCGUGCGACAUAGAGCCUCCUUGGUUCUUUGCCGGCAGUGCCUCGGAGGCAGCUCCAAGAACCCAAGGAUCGAAAGGCUUCAGGAUAUAAUCAUCGAUAGCCACACGUCAUACACCACCGCAUUGCAUUGACUGUAUGUGAUCAUCAAAGGUGAUCAUAGUAUGAUUCUUAUCUCAGAGUUAAGGCAAUGCUAGCCUAACAAAAUGUUGCAUGCCAAAAGGUUAAAGACUGCUGAUGAUUGCUCUACCAUUGAUCCCUGAUACCUGAGCCAAGGCGCAAUGAAGAGUUAUGCAUCAGCUGUCUGAACUUUUUGUGUCAUUUAUUAUAUUCAAUUCUUUGUACAUUUUGUGGGCUUACGGAUUCUUCUUUUUCAUUAUUCGGAGUAAUGUAUUCUUCUUCUAUACAUAUACAUUAAAAAUAUAUGCAUUUAUUUCUUUGAGUAAUAUGAUUGAUGUGCUCUUCGCUUGUUAAUCCAUGAAUUUGUCAAAACUAAUUAGAAAUUGAUAGAGAAAAA